GCAAUACAAGCGGCGUCCUCUAACGGCGUCGGUCUCAAAGCGACGCAGAUCACCAGCGACCGGCGGUAGCGAGCGGCUAAAGCGGCUUGCUUGGCAUCGUGCAGCAGUUGUGCGCGAAAGUGUUCGGUUGCCCCUUGUUUUGGCCCGAUGUUAACCUGACUACCCGCCGCCGCUACUGUGCAUAGCCAACAAACAAGGCUGGGGCGACCAACUAACGCAGCCGAACAUAUUGGACCAAGCUGAAAAAUUUCCGAACGGGUACGAUCUGAGUCCUCAUUUAUGAUAACUGCAGUAAGAAAUGGCUACGAUAGACGGCCGUCCCGCACAAUAUGGAAUAUCCCUCAAGCAACUCCGCGAGCUCAUGGAACAUCGAUCUCAUGAAGGAGUCCAGAAAGUACAUGAACUGGGUGGGGUGCAGGAAAUAUGUAAGAAACUUUACACAUCCCCAAGUGAAGGACUUAGUGGGUCACAUGUAGAUUUAGAUCAUAGAAGAGAAACAUUUGGUUCCAAUUCAAUACCCCCCAAACCUUCAAAAACAUUUUUACAGUUAGUUUGGGAAGCUUUACAAGACAUAACAUUAAUUAUUUUAGAAGUAGCUGCGAUAGUUUCUUUGGGUCUUUCAUUCUAUCAACCACCUGCAGAGCAAGACGAAAGUGGAUUUGAAGAUGAUGAAACUAGCCAUGGGUGGAUUGAAGGUCUCGCGAUUUUAAUUUCCGUUAUAGUUGUAGUGUUAGUGACAGCGUUUAACGAUUAUACUAAAGAAAGACAGUUCCGCGGUUUACAAAAUCGAAUAGAAGGAGAACACACAUUUGCAGUUAUCAGGGCAGGUGAAGUCAAGCAGAUCUCUGUUAGCGACAUAGUUGUAGGGGAUAUUUGCCAAAUUAAAUAUGGUGAUCUCUUGCCUGCUGACGGUAUUCUCAUCCAGUCCAACGAUCUUAAGGUGGAUGAAUCAUCGCUUACUGGUGAAUCAGAUCACGUGAAAAAAGGAGAACACUUUGAUCCCAUGGUUCUUUCGGGCACUCAUGUCAUGGAGGGUUCCGGUAAGAUUUUGGUGACAGCUGUGGGUGUUAAUUCGCAAGCUGGUAUCAUCUUUACCCUACUUGGCGCCGCCGUUGACCAGCAAGAGCAGGAAAUAAAGAAAAUGAAGAAAGAAGCUAAAAAGCAGCGGAAGAAGAAAAGUUUGACAGGCGACGAAGAGAACGUAACCGGAAAUAGCCAUAUGAACUCUCCAGCUCCUGUUGCGAAUAAACAUGACAAUGCAGCUGAUGGCAAAGAGAACCAUGUGAAUACCGCUCCUCCACCAGAAACCACUCAUAAGAAGGAGAAAUCUGUAUUGCAAGCGAAGCUGACUAAACUGGCAAUUCAGAUUGGUUACGCUGGAUCCACCAUUGCUGUUCUUACUGUUAUCAUUUUGGUUAUCCAGUUUUGCGUGAAGACCUUUAUCAUAGAGAAGCAACCAUGGAGAAAUGCUUAUGCUAAUCAACUAGUUCGUCACUUGAUUAUUGGUGUUACCGUUCUUGUCGUAGCUGUGCCUGAAGGUUUGCCAUUGGCUGUAACCCUCUCUUUAGCUUACAGUGUUAAGAAAAUGAUGAAAGACAACAAUCUAGUACGUCAUUUGGAUGCAUGCGAAACUAUGGGCAAUGCAACUGCUAUCUGUUCCGACAAAACCGGUACUUUGACCACAAACAGAAUGACUGUCGUGCAAUCGUAUAUCUGUGAGCAACUAUGCAAGACUAUCCCUAAGUUCAGCGAUAUUCCUUCACAUGUCGGAAACUUGAUCAUACAGGGUAUUGCUGUCAACUGCGCUUAUACUUCUCGAGUUAUACUUCCGGAAGAUCCAGCUGAACUGCCAAACCAAGUUGGUAACAAGACCGAAUGCGCUUUAUUAGGAUUUUCAUUAAAUCUGAACAAGAAUUAUCAGAAUAUUCGAGACGACUGUCCAGAAGAAUCUUUCACCAGAGUUUAUACCUUCAACUCCGUUAGGAAAUCCAUGAGUACAGUCAUUCCCCGCCGAGAGGGUGGGUUUAGGUUAUACACCAAGGGUGCUUCUGAAAUUAUUUUAAACAAGUGUGCCUUUAUAUAUGGUCAUGAUGGCCGAUUGGAGAAAUUCACACGAGACAUGCAGGAAAGAUUACUCAAGCAAGUGAUAGAACCAAUGGCCUGUGACGGUCUUAGAACAAUCUGCGUAGCUUACAAAGAGUUUGUGAAUGGUAAAGCAGAAAUCAAUCAAGUCCACGUAGAUAACGAGCCUAAUUGGGAAGAUGAAGACAACAUUGUUAGCAAUCUAACUUGCCUUUGCGUCGUUGGAAUAGAAGAUCCAGUUCGUCCCGAAGUACCAGAUGCCAUAAGGAAAUGUCAAAAGGCCGGAAUUACUGUUAGGAUGGUUACUGGAGACAACAUAAAUACUGCACGAUCCAUCGCUACUAAAUGUGGAAUUAUCAAACCAAAUGAAGAUUUUCUCAUUCUCGAAGGCAAGGAAUUCAACAAAAGGAUCCGGGAUAGUUCUGGAGAGGUUCAACAACAUCUCCUGGAUAAAGUCUGGCCUAAACUGCGAGUACUGGCUCGUUCAUCUCCCACCGACAAGUACAUCUUGGUCAAAGGUAUUAUUGACAGUACUGCAACUGAUAAUCGAGAAGUCGUAGCUGUAACUGGGGACGGAACGAAUGAUGGACCUGCUUUGAAGAAAGCUGAUGUUGGCUUUGCUAUGGGCAUUGCUGGUACCGAUGUAGCAAAAGAAGCUUCCGAUAUUAUUUUAACUGAUGACAACUUCAGCAGUAUUGUCAAAGCCGUUAUGUGGGGUAGAAACGUAUAUGACAGUAUAGCUAAAUUCUUGCAGUUCCAACUGACUGUAAACGUUGUUGCUGUUAUUGUCGCUUUUAUUGGUGCUUGUGCAGUUCAGGACAGUCCUCUGAAGGCUGUACAAAUGUUAUGGGUCAACUUAAUUAUGGACACUUUAGCAUCUUUAGCUUUAGCCACUGAAUCACCCACAAGCGAUUUGCUGCUUAGAAAACCUUAUGGAAGAACAAAACCGCUUAUUUCAAGAACCAUGAUGAAGAACAUUCUUGGCCAGGCUAUCUACCAACUAACUGUAAUAUUCUCUCUAUUGUUUGUCGGUGACAAAAUGCUAGAUAUCGAAUCAGGAAGAGGGGCGGAAAUCGGCGCCGGACCAACUCAACAUUUUACUGUAAUUUUCAACUCAUUUGUCAUGAUGACCUUAUUCAAUGAAUUCAACGCCAGAAAGAUUCACGGCCAAAGAAAUAUAUUCCAAGGCAUCUUCACUAAUCCCAUCUUCUACACUAUCUGGAUUGGAACUUGCGCUGCACAAGUUGUCAUUAUUCAAUAUGGAGGAAUGGCCUUUUCAACCAAGGCCCUCACUUUGGAGCAAUGGUUCUGGUGCUUAUUCUUUGGCAUUGGAACACUUCUAUGGGGCCAACUUGUUACCACCAUCCCAACCCGCAAGAUUCCUAAAAUUUUGUCAUGGGGUCGUGGUCAUCCCGAAGAAUACACAGAAGCUAUAGCAAUUGGCGAAGAGAAAUUUGAUGUCGAUUCCGACAAGAAACCAAGAGCAGGACAAAUCCUAUGGAUUCGAGGUCUUACACGAUUACAAACACAGGUGAUAGGCGGUGAAUUACAAGAACGUUUGAUUCCGGUUCCAUACAGCAAGAGUUCAACUGACCAAGCUGUGGGGCAAAGUCAAAUUCGAGUAGUUAAUGCUUUCCGACAGGGCCUAGACGCUCGAUACGGCGAGCACAGCAAUGCUUCUCUCGCUGAGGUGCUGCGAAAACAAACUUCCCUUUCUAAGAGGUUGUCUCAAACCUCUUCCCUAGAAUAUGUGGACAACAUCCCCGACGAACUGACUAUUCCAGAGAUUGAUGUGGAGCGACUAUCGUCUCACAGCCAUACGGAGACGGCAGUUUAGCCAUCGUUAAGUAAGCUGCGUAGCUCCACUUGUACCUAAGCUGCUAAAAACGACGUCCAGACUCGUCUCGCCCGCUAUGUCAACGUAAGUUUAAGCUGCAACACCCGUCGUGCCGUGCCGUGCUCGAACCUCGAGCGGACGCAAUCGCGGAACUGUAGUCGGGGGUGGCAGGUCAUUAUUUACCCGGUACCAUUCUGGAACCUACUAAACCUCGGCAUCAUUCCACCUCUUACAAUUCGCCUUUCGACGCUAAUAAGACAGUGUGAAGCAUAACGGAUUGUUUGGUUGUAGAAUGGUAUCGUUUCUCACAGAAGAGCAUAUUUUUAAAGCAGUCGCCACCGAGCUAAAAGCAAUAAGUGUGGCCAGGUGCCUGCGCGGGGAAUAGUUUGAAACCGCAACCCCGGUCCAAAUAUCAGCCUUUCGCGGAAACUUUUUCUUGCCCAACCGAAGCAUUUGGUCGACUUCUCAUGUAGUGGAUGUAAUUUGUGAUUGCGAUCUUCUGAAUUUUCUUAAAGCCUGCUCUUCAGGACGCUAUCCGCCUUCCAAAGAUAUAUUCAGUUAGGAAAUUAGGAAAAAUCACAUCCUUAUCUUAUGUCCACUUAGGGAAAUGUUCUUGAUGCCCAAAUUCAUCACGGCACCGGAUUUAUCCGUCACCGAUUUCGCUAUUUUUGCGUACGUAGAACGUCCCCGGUCGAUUAACGUUGUCAAUAAUUUCGUCGUUUUCAUUUCUACUAACGAUGUCUCAAGACAUUCAUUGUGGCUUUGAUAAAGUAUUGAAUUUUUAUGCAACUUCUCCGAAAUCAGUGGUAAAUCCCGGACACUUGUUACGGAGAGGAAAGAUUCCAAGCCAGCCUAUAUCGCCUAUUUAAAUAAUAUAUUAAUUAUUAAAUUAAACAUAUUAAUUACAGCAGUUCAUGUGCCCAAAAUUCCAAAAAAAAAGUAUUUGUUUUAAAAAAGCCUAAGAAGCCUAGAAUGGAUAGUUCUCUUGAUGCUUAUUAAUUGAACAUUCGUUAGUGGGAACCUGACCACGAGAUUGUUCAGCGACGUGAAUAAUUUGUAAUUUCAUAGCUAGUGGCAAUUGUUUGUUAAUCACCCAAUAUGGUCUCUGCCUGAUUGAAAUCUAUUAUUAUCUAGGUCUAAAUUAUAUUAUACAGUUAUGUAGAUAGAUUAGAAUAAAUUAUUGAAAUUGAAACUUAAGAGAUUUGCGACAUGCUUGGUUGUACCUAGGUGAAAAAUUGCAACUGGGCAUGUCGCUUAGGCGCUACUGCUGAUGCUUGUAAACUUAAUGGUUUUGUAUGUAUACUAACUCGUUCAUUUUGUUUGUAGGAAUUCGUUUUAUUUGUAAAAUACGUAGAAAUUAACUAUAAAAGCUGUGCCUACUGGCAAGCCCACCACGCGACUGUUGGUGACGCUAAAACAGAAUAUUCUUAUUUACUCUGUGGGUUAGCGUAUUCUACCUAACAAAACAAUCUCGUUACUUGUAGGGAACCUUACAUACUAUAUUGGCAUGUGGAUGAUAGUUGCCUACACUAAAUGAGAAUUUUCUGUGAACGUCGUGUGUACAAAAUAUCCUACCUUUAUAUGUAUUGUCGCAAUUUUGAGGUAGAUAUGUGAUAGAUAUAGAGUGAUAAAUGCGUUCUCUCUCUCUAGAAAUAAUACGUGUCUGACGAAGCAGCCUAAACACCGCGGCUUGUCACACGCACAUUUUAAACCUACACUCCGUAUCGGAAUAAGCUUCUGUUCUUUUAAUGACGGAAAAUAAGGUUUGUUUUUUGAUUGCUAAAAAUAAACCUCUUCUUCCUAGCAAAUACAGUAUUUUAGCAAAUAUAUUUCUUUUUUAUUUCAUUGUAGGUUAUUUGUUUGAGUUUUUAGUCAUAUUUUAUUCAUAUCCCCAUUAUAACUAAUCGUAUAUCAGGACAUUCUAUUAUUAUAACAUAUCUUUAGGUUUUUUAGCUUCAAUUCGGACGUAGCGACAUCUUUAAUUUUUGUUUAAUCUUUUCAGGCACCAAAACAGUUAUGAUAUUUUAAUAAAUUGAUUUUAGACAUGCUUAAAUACUGUUUUUAAUUCGACGCGAGGUAAUUUUUGAAAAAUUGCUUAUUUUCCAGUCUGCAGGUAUGGUGGUCAGCGACACUUUGGAUACAUUUCUGAGGCAAAACUAUGGUAAAUAAUUACGUUCGGCCUAGCAAUGGCAUACGAUUUUGUCUCAGAAAACCGUGCUGUUUUUUCGCUCUAAUGGAUCGAUCAUAGAGUUCAGUGCGUACAUUUCUAAGCUCUCGCUGAUCAUCUAGAAAUAAAUCUGCGCACCACACUCACCCUCUCGUGCGUAGGUUUGAUUCUUUUGACCCGACACUAUAAUCUAACUAAGUUAUUUUCGACUCAGUUCCGUGACUCGUAAGUGACUUCAGAAAUGCCGAGACUAAAUUCGAAAAUAUUGUUAUUCGGCGCUGGAAGUCCAUGUGUUUUCGCGCUGGAUACACCAGGACGAACCUCACCACAUUGGAUAACUUAAUAUAGUACAAUUAUUCCAAGAUUGAUUUUCCCGAACCUCACGUAAGAAAUAGCUAUUGAUCGGGUGUUUGUAUUGUAUAACGAACAAACGUAUGACAUAUUAUUAUUAAUGUAUAUUAUUGAACUCAAGUGUCGGUCAACCGGGUUGUUUUCUGUGUAAAUCGCAGACUCUCCACCAUCUCGGGCUCUGGCACGUUUUUCAAAGGAAACACAAACCAAAAAAUUUCCUACUUAUUAAUGCCAAAUAUUUGUGAAUUGGCAUUUCAGUUAAAUGUUGUUAUUUGUAAUUUUAAUGGUAAAAUAUGAAAUCGUUAAUUUGUUAUAAUUGUUAUUUUAUAAUAUAAAACUGAUGUAUAAAGCAACAGCCUCUGUCCGGGUUUUGGUCUUUUGAAUAAUAUCGGCCAUUGCGGACAUCUAAUUGUCUUAAUAUAAUGUGCUUUUAUUUAUAAAAUAAAAGAUCACGAGCUUUAAAUUAAUGAGAGGUGGAUAAUAAUUAAACGUAAUAUUUAAGGUGUUAAUGUUCCAUUUCAGGAUCAAAUAUAAUAUUUUUGUGAAAAAAGCUUUUUUUAUUCCGUGUUACGUUUAUACGUUUUGCCCUAAAGAUGUAAAGUUAUUUCACGAUAAUUGUUGUAACAAUAUAAUAACAAAAAACAAAAUACUGCAAAUAUUUUCAUAAACCUUAAAACAUUUCAGUAAAAUAUAAUCACGCAUAUAUACAUAUAACUGAAUUUUAUUUAACUACCUAGCCUCUAUGUAAUUUUAUCUAUCCCAAAAAAAAACUGCAAAAUAUGCUUAGCUUAUAGUGGUUCUGAUAUAGUUAUAGUACUUAUACAUAAUAUAUACUUAAAGUCCUUUAACAUAGUACUUAUAUUGUAUAAUAUUACAAUUAUAUUUAAUUAUAAAAUUACACUUUUUCAAUACUUAUAGGUUCUACGCAGCACCCUAUACUGUCGUGCUGUCAUUGUUCUUUCCUAUUUCUGUUUCUUGUCUAGACGCGGAUCACUCUUAGGACGACUGAAUAGACACUGUAUUUGUUGAACAAUUUGAAUAUACUUAAACCAUACCAAAAUAGAGAUCAUUACAGUAAAAUACCUAUCUAAAAGUAUAUUGUAUAAAUUUACUGCAAUCCGUUUUCUGGGAACGGCGCUGCGCGUCUGUUACCCAGAUUUUGAGAGUGGUUUUGAUAUUUUUGUAAAAAUUAAUGGGUCUUCUUACGCCGAAGAAAUAUAUGACAAAGUAUUGUUUUUUA